AUGAAAAUACAGGAUGCAGAGGUGGUCUGGAUCGCGAGGGACCUUAACGGGCAUGUUGGGGAAGGGAACCUUGAUACAGAAGUUACAGAAGAGUACGGUGUUGGAGCACGGAAGAAGGAGGAGACAGGACUGUGGACUUUGCAACAGCAAAAGUAUAGAGGGGGACACGAAGAGUUGCACUGCAUCUUCAAUGACCUAGAGAAAGUGUACGAUCGGGACCCAAGGCAGGGAGUGUGGAAUUGUCUGCAGCUAAAGGAAGUGGAAGAGAAAUACAUCAGGCUGGUAUAUGAUAUGUAUGAGGGUAGCAAGACACUAGUGAGAUGGGCAGCAGGUGACACAGAGGAGUUUGAGACGACACUGCGGUGGGUGCAGAGACAGGAGGAGGUAGAACAGAGGCUAGAGUUGUGGAGAGAGGCGAUGGAGGUAAGAGGUAUGAAAGUGAGCAGAAAGAAGACCGAAUACCUGAAAAUGAAAGCAGAUGACGGGGAGGAAGGGCAGGAAAAGGAAAGGAUGAAGUUGUUAAACAAGUGGAAGGGAUCCACUGUACAGGCAGAUGGUGGGUCAGAGAGGGAAGUUACGAAACGGAUACAGGCAGGAUGGGGAUCAUGGAAGAAAAUAACAGGUGUGAUGUGCGACAGAAAGGUUUCAGACGCUGUGAAGGGAAGGAUGUACAAGACGAUGAUGAGGCAAGCGAUGGUGUACGGGACGGAGGCGGUAGCUGUAACGAAGGCGCAGGAAGGAUACUGUCUCGAAUUGGCACGGUCACUGCACAGAAUCCCAAGUAGAGAAGGGCGCAGUACCCAGCCAAGUGUCUUGAAUAUGAACGUGCAACAUUUAUUCUCACGGGAAGAUCGGGAGCGGACGCUGGCCAUUGCUAGCGAGGUUCAAAGAUAUCCAACUCCUUCGUUACGGUCGCGAUCAAAGAAGCCGCACCUUUGGCUCGACGUCCCGAAGAUGACGAGUCUCAUUAACAUUUCCAGGUCGAGGGAACCACCGACUUUCCCAAUCUGUAUCGAAACUAAAGGAUCUGAAGCGCUUCGGAUCCUAAAGAAAGGGAAUUUCGAAGCCUCGGUCUCGAAGCCAACUCACGCUUGGGUUCUGGAAGGCAAGGUUUCCAGAAGGUUCGAAACCCCCUGA